ACUGCCUGCAGCAGCAUGUUGCAGACUGUCAGUGAUUGGCUGUGGUGGGAGCGUCUGUGGCUGCCAGCUAACGUCUCCUGGUCUGAUCUGGAGGACAGUGAAGGUCGUGUCUACGCUAAAGCCUCUCAACUUCACGCUGCUCUGCCCUGCGCCCUCGGCCUGCUCCUCGUCAGAUACCUGUUUGAAAGGUACCUGGCAAAACCACUGGCUAAUGUUUGGGGAGUCAGGGACAGUGUACGUCUGACACCAGAGCCAAACUCCAUCCUAGAAAACUACUUCUGCAGACAAGCACGGGCUCCAUCGCAGGUUGAUGUGAGGUCUCUGUGUAAAAAGACCAGCUGGUCGGAGAGGAGAGUUCAAGUCUGGUUCAAAAGAAGGAGAAACCAGGAGCGCCCAGGGCUUCGCAAGAGGUUCUGCGAGGCCAGUUGGAGAUGUGUGUUUUAUUUGUUUGCAUUUGUCUACGGAGUCCUAGCUCUCUAUGAUAAACCUUGGCUUUAUAAUCUGAAGGAGGUUUGGGCAGGCUUCCCUAAACAGUCCAUGCUGCCAUCUCAGUACUUUUAUUACCUCUUGGAAAUGGGCUUCUACCUUUCUCUGCUCCUCAGCCUCACAUUUGAUGUGAAACGGAAGGACUUUAAAGAGCAGGUGAUUCAUCACAUAGCAACACUGACUCUUCUGAGUUUCUCUUGGAUUUCAAACUACAUUCGUAUUGGAACCCUUGUGAUGGCAGUUCAUGACUCUGCUGACAUACUGCUUGAGGGUGCAAAGGUAUUCAACUAUGCCAAGUGGCACCAGACUGCUAAUGCCAUGUUUGUGGUGUUUACAGUUCUCUUUAUACUGACAAGACUUGUCAUUUUUCCGUUCUGGCUGAUCCACUGUACAUGGGUGUACCCACUGGAGGAAUUUGCUCCCUUCUUUGGCUACUACUUCUUCAAUGUGAUGUUGUUGGUUCUUCAGAUACUCCACCUCUACUGGGCUGUUCUCAUAUCACGAAUGGCUUACAAGUUUAUCUUCAGCAAGCUGGAAGGUGACGACAGGAGUGAUGAAGAGGAGGAUGACAGUGACUCACCGAAGGAAAGAAACCACAAAUUGAGUCACAUAAAUGGCUCUGGAGCCAGAGGCAGGGCCAACGGCCACUGA